CACUCAAUACUUCUCAUAUUGUUGUGGCGUUAAACUAAUCAUAGUCAUUUAUCACAGAAGUGUCUAAAAUUGAAAAAAGGAAAAUAAAUUUCUUCGGUUUCAAAUGUUAGCCUGUUUACGUUCUUCUUGUGAUAAAAGUGUACAGAUAGGUUUUUCUACUCAGCUGUGCUGUUUGCUUUGAAUUAAAGUUUUUCAUUCAUGUUGCUUGUGUGAAAGCGUAAUUGUGACGAUUAAACUCCUCUUAUCAUUUUUUACUCACAAGUGCUUUCUUAAAAGUGAUAAAAGUAGGUGUUGUCCGUGUAACGAAAUUUAUUGGCCUGACACAACAGCACAAGAUGCCACUUCCACCGACCUUCGUCACAGGCUUUCACUAUGAAGAUCAAGUCAAGCGAAUGGAGUACCGGCAAUUAGGAGGCACACAUAUGAUUGUAUCAAAGCUGUCAAUUGGUGGUGGAACAUUGUGUAAUGGAUUGUUUGGUGAUUUGAAUUUUGAUGAAGCUAGAGAAACGGUACAUGAAGCGUUCAAGAGAGGAAUCAAUUACAUUGAUACCGCUCCAUUCUAUGGAAUUUUUGUGGGCGAGUCUGAGACGAAUGUUGGAAGGAUUCUUAAGGAUAUACCACGUCAGGCUUACUAUAUCGCUACGAAAACUUGUCGAUACGAUCGAACGGGACCUAAUCGGUUUGAUUUUAGCUACGAGCGCACAAUUUUGAGUAUAAACGAGAGCCUUAGUCGUCUUGGUGUAGACUAUAUUGACCUUUAUCAGCUACAUGAUGUAGAGUUCGCUGACAAUAUUGACGAAGUCAUAAAUGGGGCUUUCAGGGCAUGUUUAGAACUAAAAAAAUCUGGGAAAAUUCGUGCAAUCGGAAUUAACGGUUACCCAUUAAAAGUUUUACAAGAGGGGCUCAUUAAAGGAGAAGGAAAAUUUGAUACUGUGCUAACAUAUGCCCGUUAUUUAAUGACUGACGAUUCGUUGCUGGAAUAUUUGCCAUUUUUCGAAGACCAAAAAGUGGGAGUGAUCAACGCUGCUUUGACCGGUUGCGGACUGCUGACUAACCGUGCAACACCUACCUGGCAUUCAGCUUCGAAAGAGCUGAAAGCAAUUGUUGAUGAAGCGUCAAGGAUUUGCUGCGAGAACAAUGUAGAGUUAGGUAAAUUAGCCACUUAUCAUUGUUUGCACAUUCCGAACAAUACGGUCGCUACAUUUCUGGUGGGAAUGGAAAAAAUGGAAUACUUGAAUCACAAUAUGAGCGCAUAUCUAGAUGGGCUUACUGACAAAGAGGCUGGAAUUUAUGAACUGUUGAUGAAGACAGUAUUCAUCCGAGUGAGGGACGAACACAAACACUGGGAAGGUGUAGAAGUUAAUAACUAUCGUCUUCAACGUAACAAACAGUGAUGAUGUUACAUUCUCUUUGUUUAACGAAAUAAAAUGAUUUGGAAUUUGGUUUUUACUAACAAAAAAAAUU